CCAUUCUUCUCAAACUUACCCAAGCACUCAAUGCUUCGACUACCACAAAAGUGCCAGCCACUACUCUGGCCAUCACCAAUGCCAGUACUGUGCCAAUCACUACUGGUAGCACAGGAACAUUCACCACUGCAUUGACCAAUAGUGUUCCAACAUCGACCAGUAACACAGUGACUAAUACCACUCAACCAAUAUCAGAUGUUAGCACUGGAACAAAGUCUAGUACUGGGAGAAACAGCCUCCUAAACA